AUGUUAGAUAGGCAUAAGGAAAGUCAUAAAACAACUAUGAACUUGUUGGGCAAUGUAAUGUUCCUCUCUUAAUUGGUUUGUCUUCAUCAUGUAUAGUAGACAUAAAUUGAGAACCAUCUUUCAUUUUCUUCAUUUCCGUUAUCAUCUCCUGUUGUACUUUGCUUGAAAUAUACAUCACGUGUGAUCCUGUGGCACAAGAAACCUUUGUGAUUCUAAUUCACGUCUUCUUAUUCGUGUUCUUGCAGCUCAGAUAUGGUUUCCAAUUGCAAAAAUACUAUUGCCGAUGAUGUGUCAUGUCAAGUGAAUUUCAGUAGCCAGCUGGCUUCAUCUGUGAAAACGCCUCCAUUCCAGGCUAUCCCUGAGAAACGAAAUAUCUCAGGUUGUCCACUGAGGGUUUUUUUUUUUUGGUGCUGCUCGAGCAUUUUGUAUUUUCAGGUGGCUGACUCAUUUUAUGUAAAACGUAGAUGAGGAAAUUGAAGCAUUCAGCCAAUCUCAUGGUGAAGAUAGGCCUGCGGUUGACUCCAUUUCUGAAUUAUCAGUUGCUGCAGAGCAGAGUCUUGUGAGCAGAAUGACCCAGUGUCAUUAUGAGAAUGAUCCUGGGAGGAGUUGCAGUUUGAAAUGUAUGAGCAUUAACACUUAUGAAGAUGUCAUUGAGUUGGAACAUAUGAAGCGGUCUCGCACUGGAGAUGAUCUACACCAACAUCCAUUUAAGCGAGCAAGGCAAUUAGAUAACUCUGAUCGGGAUGUUUCUUUUGAACUUCCUAUUAUCAAAGCUGCUCAUGUGGAACCACUCAUAUCAGGUAAAGAGCUUCAAAGUGUCUUACGGAUUACUUUGGCUUCUUUCUAAAAUUCCAUGAAUAGUCAAAAGGAAGAAAACAUCUCAUUCUCAAUACUGUUAUUGGACUUUCAGUUGCUGCCUGCAAUAAAUCGACAAAUGAUGGAGAUGCUUUCCGUGAGGAACCCUCCGUGGAUGGCUCUGGCAGUACUUCCAGUUUGUCUUGGGUUUCAUGCAACACUAGUGAAGAAGAGUGCAGGCCACACUUACCAUUGCAGAUGAUUUCAUCUCCCCAUUUUGUUGAGAAAAAGGACCAAACGAGUGGUUAUACUCAGCCAGACGGUGUUUAUAUAUCUAUUCUUGAUUAUUAUCCUAGAAAACCAGUUGCUCUGGGACCCAAUCACCAAGCAGAUAUUCCAGCUUGGAGACCACGACCUGUCAAGGGACUGCCUGAUGGAUCAGAUCUCGGUGUUUCCUUCCAUCAUCUGACCGAUGAAGAUGGCAGUGAAAAGUUAAUGGGCACAUGCAUCAUCCCAAUGCCUGAUGAUGCUGCCGCUUCCCUAGAAGAUUCCAAGGUAUCUGUCGGUGCAUCUGGUUGUAGCUGCCCUGAUGAAGGUUCAGUCUGUUGUGUGAGUAGGCAUAUUAUGGAAGCAAGAGAGAUCCUGAAGGAAAAUCUUGGGUCGGCCAAGUUCAUCGAGCUGGGUUUUCCUGACAUGGGGGAGUACGUGACUUCAAAGUGGACUGAAGAGGAGGAACAGAUAUUCCACGAAGUUGUCUCUGAAAAUCCUGCCUCUUUGGGCAAGAAUUUCUGGGAUCAUCUUCCCCGGUUCCUGCCUUCCAAAUCCACCAAGGACUUGGUUAGCUACUACUUCAAUGUCUUCAUUCUCCGGAAAAGAGCUGAACAGAACAGGUCGGAUCCUCUGCACAUUGACAGCGACAAUGACGAAUGGCAGGAUGGCGAUGGCAGUGAGUUUGCUGCAGAGGAUUAUGAAAGUGAUUCCGUCAUGAAGAUGCCCGAUGAUGACCAUCAUGGGGUCUAUGACGACGACAGCCAUGAAGAAGAUGACUUCCAUGAGGACGACGACGACGACGAUGGAGAUGCCUGCGACGAUCUUAUUGCGGCCGAGGACCGCCGGCAAGACCUGGAUGAUUUCUUGGCGAAGGGGCACAUCCAACCCAUAUCGUGCUACUCUUCUCUGAUGCAUCUCGAAAGCAUUACUGAGGAUCACAUCAUCCAAGACGACUCCUGCACAUCCUUUGAGGGGCAUCACGCCGGCACCCCCGCCGCCGCCGACGGCCUGCCGGCGGUGGGAUUCAGCCGGGUGGGAAAAGACCAAAGCCGAAGCGCUCUCAAUGGCAUGGUCGAUCAUGGGUAUCUCGUGAGCCCCGACACCAAGCCGUGGGACUUGAGCUACUUCCCUGGGCAGGAGAAGAAUGUCGACUUCUUGCCGACAUGUCAUGUGAUUGAGGAGGUCUUUGGGAAGGGAUCUUGGGCCAAUGAAUCCAACGACGGGCAAGGAAUCAGCUGA